GGAACGGAGGCUCCCGGCUCCCUGCGGGCCGGCCGCGGGCAAGCUCUCCCGGGCCCGCACCCCGCGAGAGGGCGCUGGCCGGCGGCGCGCCGCUCCCCGGGAAGGCCGGAGUUUGAAAAGUGCCGGUUGCCGGCGGUGCCGCACGGAGCAAUGGCGGCGGGGACCCCGCAGGGCAGCUGUCUCUUGCAGCUGAGCAAUGGUGUGAACUUAAUGGAUCCAGGCUUUCAGCAAAAACUGGAGGGUGAGAAGGAAUUGCUUCGCCGUGCUAUACAGAAAGAACUGAAGAUUAAAGAGGGAGCAGAAAACCUGCGCAAAGCGACAACAGACAGAAAGAAUCUUGUUCAUAUAGAGCAUGUGCUGAAAUCUUCCAACCGAAAACUGGAGCAACUGCAUUGGGAACUUCAGGAGCUUAAUGCAAGGAUUGUAAUAACAGACAAAGAGGAGAAUAAGACAGAUGGAUCGGUGUCUCCAGAUCCUUGUCUCUGGGAAAGAAACCCAGACCCCAUGGCAAGGAAGGUUGAAGCUCUGAAAAAGCAGCUACAUGUUGAAAUGAAAGUGAAACAAGGAGCUGAAAACAUGAUCCAAAUGUAUUCAACAUCGAAGGAGCGGAAGCUGCUGGCUACAGCUCAGCAGAUGCUUCAGGACAGCAAGACAAAGAUUGAGAUAAUCCGCAUGCACAUUGGGAAAGUAUCUCAGUCAGCAGGAGGGAUGGAAGAUCCAGCGGAUCCAGCAGUGAAGAUGGGGAGCACCAUCAGUGCUUUGGAGCUGCGCGUUGAGGAGCUGCGACAUCACCUGCGCAUUGAAGCUGCUGUAGCUGAGGGGGCCAAAAAUGUGCUGAAGAUCCUGGGAGGAAGUCGGGUACAGGACCGCAAGUUCUUGGCUGAAGCUCAGGGUCGUUUGCAAGAGUCCUCUCAGAAGAUUGACCUGCUGCGCUUGUCCUUGGAACGUCAGCUUAGUGAGCUUUCUCCUGAUCAUCCAAAAAGAGCACUCAUCAAGCAGGAGCUAGUAAAUACUUCCUCCCUGGGAGCUCAACAUGGCAGCAUCCAACCAACUUCAGUUGUCAAACCUACAGCCCUUACAGGAACAUUGGAAGUGAGACUAAUGGGGUGUCAGGAUCUAUUGGAAAACGUUCCAGGACGUUCCCGAAUGACUAGUUCUUCUCCAAUCUGUGGCAGCCCAAGUGAUUUGAGAUCCCUUUCCCGAACACGAGUUGGCCUGGGUAUCCAUGGCCGCAGUGUUACAGGGAAGUACCUGCGAAAUGAAGAGCCAUGUAAUGAGGUCCUUGCUGUUCUCAAAGUGGACAAUAAAGUGGUUGGCCAAACAAACUGGGGACCAGUUAAUAACCAGGCAUGGGACCAGAGCUUUGUCAUUGAACUGGACCGGUCUCGUGAGCUAGAAAUUGCCAUUUACUGGAGAGACUGGAGAGAACUUUGUGCAGUGAAGUUUUUACGUUUGGAUGAUUUUCUGGAUAAUGAACGUCACGGGAUGUGCCUCCCACUGGAACCCCAAGGAAUGCUCUUUGCAGAGGUGAUGUUCUGUAAUCCUGUCAUUGAGAGAAAGCCAAAACUGCAGCGACAGAAACGCAUCUUCCCCAAACAGAAAGGGAAAGAAUUUCUCCGAGCUCCUCAAAUGAACAUAAAUGUUGCUGCUUGGGGUCGCCUGAUGAUGAGUUUCCUCCCUCCGUGUAGUUCCAUGGGCACUCUGAGUCCCCCACUCCAUGAUCCCAUUCACACAGACUUUUCUCCAGUUCCCCCACAAAGUCAUGUUGAUCCAGUGUCCAAAUUAAGUAGUGACUUUCCUGCAGCUAAGCUCACUUUUGCUGAUGAAGCUCCACCCAAGCCUCCACGUCUGUUCCAGAUGGCCAACUCCAAAGAAUCAACCCCAUCUCCUGCAGAUUCUCCGCGUCUGAAGAGGCUGCAUGUUGAAGAGAAGUCCUGCAGCUCUGCUGUAACAGUCCCAGCAUCUCCAAGGAAAAGGACAGUUCAGCUUGAGGAUUUUCACUGCAUUGCUAUGUUGGGACGUGGUCACUUUGGGAAGGUACUGCUGGCUCAAUACAAGUCAACUGGGAAGCUGUAUGCUAUCAAAGCCCUGAAGAAAAAAGAUAUUAUUAGGAGAGAUGAAAUUGAUAGCUUGAACUGUGAGAAACGAAUAUUUGAAGUGGUCAAUUCUUCUGGUCAUCCAUUCCUGGUGAACAUGUUUGCAUGUUUCCAGACACCUCAUCAUGCUUGUUUCGUGAUGGAAUAUACUCCAGGUGGUGAUCUUAUGAUGCGCAUCCAUGAAGACGUCUUUCCAGAGCAUGUGGCACAGUUUUACACAGCCUGCGUAGUCUUGGGGCUCCAGUUCUUGCAUGCGAAGAAAAUUGUUUAUAGGGACCUGAAAUUGGAUAAUCUGCUUUUAGAUGCUGAAGGAUUCGUGAAGAUUGCAGAUUUUGGAUUGUGUAAGGAAGGAAUAGGUUUUGGAGAUCGCACAAACACCUUCUGUGGCACCCCUGAAUUUCUGGCUCCAGAAGUCCUGACGGACAUCUCAUACACUCGGGCAGUAGACUGGUGGGGAUUGGGUGUGCUCAUUUAUGAGAUGCUUGUUGGCGAGUCACCAUUCCCUGGAGACGAUGAGGAGGAAGUCUUUGACAGCAUUGUCAAUGAUGAAGUCCGGUAUCCACGAUUCCUUUCAUCUGAGGCACUUUCUAUAAUCCGGAAGCUUCUUCAGAAAUGUCCAGAGCGUAGACUGGGAGCAGGGGAAAAAGAUGCAGAAGAGAUUAAAAUCCAGGCCUUUUUUAAGGGAAUUGAUUGGGAUGCCUUGUUGGCCAGGACUCUGAAGCCCCCUUUUGUGCCCACUAUAAGAGACCCAACUGACAUUAGCAACUUUGAUGAAGAGUUUACAUCACAAAAGCCCAUCCUUACUCCUCCCGAGGAGGUUGCUCUCCUAACCCGUAAGGAGCAGAAUGUCUUCAAGGACUUUGACUUUGUCUCCAGGCACCUUUUAGAUGUUUGACUCGAGCUAUAAAAAACAUGAACAGAUUGUUACCACCUUGAGAGAGCGAACAGAGGACUUGGCAUGAGCAAUGGAAAAGUCAACAGAUCUACUAGAUCUAGUAGUAGUGCUGAUGACCCUGGGAUGAGAGUGAUCCACAAGCUGUGUUAACCUCCUGUGGGUUUUUUUCAGCCUCCUUUGCUGGAGGGAUACUGGAUGUCAGUUGUUUUUAAGGAGCAAUUAGUUUGACUGGAUUUAUCUUCUGCUGCCAUUACAUAUAGAUGGAAGUGUGGAAUUUAAGAUGGACUUAAUGAAAUCAAAUAAUCUCUGCAACCCAGGUUACUCUUUGCAAAAAGCCUGAGUAAGUAGCACAGCUUUUCAAAGUUGCAUAGUAUUAGAGGGAAUGGCCACUUCUCAACUGUUGUCUAAAAAAAGAUACAUACAGCAUUCCCUCUUUGUAAUGAUUUUUAAGCUCAUUCCCACUCAUAAUUAUGUGUAUGCCAGAGAAGGACUGGAUUUUAACACAACCAAGACAAUGAUAUUUGGGUUUGAUAAUGAUCCGAGUGAUUUAUCUUGAGGAAAAUUAGUCUCUUUCUACUUCUUUGAGGAUGCUAAAUCUCAAAUACUGUUUUUAAUGAUAUGAAGAAGCCACAGCUUUGCACAUUCUAUUCUUGAAAAUAAAGAAACCAUUCCUUAUAAUGAAA